AUGAGCAAAAGAGAUGCUGCUGAGGCAGCGCCUGAAGCACCCCUAGCCAAAAGAGCCAAUUGCGGUGGCCCAGAUGAUCUAUAUGUUGAUGAUGUAGAGGACGAUGUUACUAGUGCUCAUACACCAUAUUCAGCCCAGGGACCCGACUCGCCCCAAACAACCAACACGGCUGCCACGACUCCACGGCCCAAGUUUCCUUCGGACUUGAAAACCCUUGCUUGCACAUGGCCCGGCUGCCCCAAAACGUUCAAUCGACCUGCAAGACUCCGAGAUCAUCUAAACUCCCACACCAAUUCCCGUCCAUUCAAGUGUACUUAUGAUGGUUGCGACAAAGAUUACAUCGAAGAUAAGCAUCUGAAACAGCAUAUCAAAGCCGUGCAUACUCUGGAGCGAAAACAUGUUUGUACGAAGGAGGGGUGCGGCAAGAGCUUCGUUACGGGCACUCGACUAAAACGUCACCAAGCUGUUCACGAAGGCGAGGAGAGGUUUCGCUGUCAAGACUGUGGGCAGAGCUUCAGGAAAAAGGAGACACUAAGCAAGCAUGUCCGCAAAGACCACCAAGGCUUGCCCGCACUUCAAUGUUCUGAGCAGGGAUGUCAACAGGCCUUUGAUUCGAAAGCGGCCUUGAAGCGACAUCGUGAGAGAGAACAUGGUGAAGCAAAGUUUUGGUGUGGUGAAUGCAGUUUGCAGAAAAUGUCCGAUGGCACCGAACAGCGUGUUGGGUUCACCACAGAAGUGCUACUCCAAGCACAUGUCCGUCAAGAACAUCAAAACUGCAUCUUCUGCGACUUUAAGCCAGUCUCACGAUGGGACCUUGAAAAACAUGUCGAAAUGCAUCACUCUGGCCAGUCCGUGGAGGAUCGAAAGAACAUUCCUUGCCCCUUCGACGAAUGCAACAAAAAGUUCACCAAAAAAUCAAAUUUGAAUGCUCAUAUUCGUACGGCUCACGAGAAAUUCCGAUUCGUUUGUGGUGAGGUUGAUCUCAGUGGUGCCGAGCUUCCUGGUUGGACGAAUGAUCAAGGAUGUGGUGAUAAGUUCAGCACAAAGGGUCGAUUGGAGGAUCAUAUCCGCUAUAGCUCCAAACACCUUGGCGAAGAGCGUCCCAAGCUCUCCAAACCAGAGCCAUCCCAGGAAGUCAACCUCAUCGACGAACUCUCUGGUGCCGCCACCCAAGCAGACCGGACUAUUUCAUGCCCUCACUGCUACGAAGCCUUUGUCCGCUAUCACGAUAGAGAUACGCAUGUAGACUUGUUCCACCCACCGAAUCCGGAUUCCUCUCUAGUCCUGUCUGGGGACUACCUCGACCCGGCCCUCUGUUUUGAUAGCAGCUUUCCCAAUACGCCAUCCUGGCCUGGGAUCAUGUCGGAGGAUGAGAUAUUCGCUGCAUCCAUGGAUUACGGUACCCCUCACGAUGACUGGCCUGAAGACGAGAGCAACAUACUGUUGCUGGCACGCGAGUCUACAAUCCAGGACCCUCUUGUUGAUCCGGCUCUUGGUGCUAUCUGA